UUCAUGGGAGUGAGCAGCACACUCAGUAGACUCAGUACAUUCAGCACACUCAGUACACUGAGCUCAGAGCUAAGGGAAGGCAGGAGCGCUAGAGAAGAGAAGCGCAGACAAUCGCACACAAUCGCUACAAGCGCGCACUGAUCGCAAAGCUGCCGGAUAUUGAUUUAUUGCCUCUAUCAGUGAGAAGCUGUCACGGUGGAUUUAUUAACCUGUCGCUGCUGCAACUUCUCCCGAGUGCGACUUGUGGAGUUGUCCGGGCGCCGCCAGGAAUGAGCCUCAGACAGUGACCCCGCAGCCGCCUGUGAGUGACCCGUGUAACAUGGAGAGUCUGUCGCUGUCGCUGCUGCUGCUGCUCGUGUCGUGGCUUCAGGGGUCUCAAUGCGCCGCGGCCAAGGAACUGUCCUGCCAAGAGAUCACGGUCCCCCUGUGCAAAGACAUCGGCUACAACUACACGUACAUGCCCAACCAGUUCAACCACGACACGCAGGACGAGGCCGGGAUGGAGGUGCAUCAGUUCUGGCCGCUGGUCGUUAUUCACUGCUCCCCGGACCUCAAGUUCUUCCUGUGCAGCAUGUACACCCCCAUCUGCCUGGAGGACUACAAGAAGCCGCUGCCCCCGUGUCGGAGCGUGUGUGAGCGGGCGCGGGCUGGUUGUGCCCCUCUCAUGCGUCAGUACGGCUUCGCUUGGCCGGAUCGCAUGCGAUGUGAUCGUCUGCCCGAGCAAGGCAACCCGGACACCCUGUGUAUGGACUACUACAACCGGACUGAGCAGACUACAGCCGCCCCCAGUCACCCGGAGCCCCCCAAACCCCCGGCCAGGUCGGUUCCUAAAGGCAGGACACGCGUGGAGCCCCCACGCAGCAGAUCGCGGACGACAGGGUGUGAGUCAGGCUGCCAGUGCCGGGCCCCUAUGGUGCAGGUUUCUAACGAGAGACACCCCCUGUACAACCGGGUCAGGACCGGCCAGAUCCCCAACUGUGCGAUGCCCUGUCACAACCCCUUCUUCAGCCCAGAGGAGAGAACCUUCACCGAGUUCUGGAUCGGACUCUGGUCUGUACUUUGUUUUGCCUCCACUUUUGCCACUGUCUCCACUUUCCUCAUUGACAUGGAACGUUUCAAGUACCCCGAGCGCCCCAUCAUCUUCCUCUCCGCCUGUUACCUGCUGGUCUCCACUGGCUACCUGAUCCGGCUCAUUGCUGGCCAUGAGAAAGUGGCUUGUAGCCGGGGGGAACUGGACCUGGAACAUAUAAUCCACUAUGAGACCACUGGGCCAGCCCUUUGUACUCUGGUCUUUCUUCUCAUCUACUUCUUUGGCAUGGCCAGCUCCAUCUGGUGGGUCAUUCUGUCCCUGACCUGGUUCCUGGCCGCUGGCAUGAAAUGGGGCAACGAGGCUAUCGCUGGCUACUCCCAGUAUUUCCACUUGGCCGCCUGGUUGGUGCCCAGCAUCAAAUCUAUUGCUGUGCUGGCCCUUAGUUCAGUGGACGGCGACCCGGUGGCUGGCAUCUGCUUUGUGGGCAACCAGAACCUGGACAACCUGCGUGGAUUUGUGUUGGCCCCGUUAGUCAUCUACUUGUUCAUUGGCAGCAUGUUCCUCCUGGCCGGAUUUGUCUCCCUCUUUAGGAUCCGCAGUGUCAUCAAACAAGGGGGCACCAAGACGGACAAACUGGAAAAACUCAUGAUCAGGAUCGGGAUAUUCAGCGUCUUGUACACGGUGCCCGCCACUAUAGUGGUAGCGUGUUUCUUCUACGAACAGCACAACCGCCAGGGUUGGGAGGUGGCUCAUAACUGUAACUCGUGCCAACCCGAAAUGGCACAGCCCCGCCGGCCGGACUACGCGGUUUUCAUGCUCAAGUACUUCAUGUGCCUGGUGGUGGGCAUCACCUCGGGCGUCUGGAUCUGGUCGGGAAAGACUUUGGAAUCGUGGAGGGCGUUCUGUACCCGCUGCUGUUGGGGCAGCAAAGCCACUGGAGGGUCAAUGUACAGCGACGUCAGCACCGGGCUCACCUGGAGAUCUGUAACACCAAAAAAUGAAAGUCAUUUAAAGUAAUGCAACUAGAAUGCACUGUUAACCUUGACGUGUUUGCUUCAGAAACUCUAAUAUAGUUGAUAUAAACAAGCUGCUGUGUAGCCAUGGGGGCAGCCAUUCAAAGCUGAAAAAGGAGAAAAGGCAAAGGAUAUAACAGAUAAGCUCUGUAGUAUA